UAUUUGUUGAAACAUCAUGAGGUCAAAUAUGGUACGGCGGAUUUGAUCACAGUUAUCACCCCUUGUUGAAUCCUCUUCUCAAAGGAGAACAUCCGCAAUCAUAAAUCUAUGAAAUGGAACAACAUCAGUUAAAAAUCUAGUAGAAGUUUUCUAUUGUAAUGGCAAAUGGAGUCAGACAGUCCAGGAAUUCACGUCGCAUUGCUCCGGAACCAGGUUCAUGUGAUAGUAUUAUUGAAAUACGACCUAGCAGGCAUUUACGUGUAAAACGGCUUAACCCGAAGGAAAGAGAUGAGAAAUUUGAAAAAGAAAUGCAGGCCUACCUGCAGUACCGAGAGCUUGGAGCGUUAAGUUCUGGGGUUGCAGUACCGCCUCAUCUUUUGGGUCAAAGACAAGAAACCAAUCAUGGGAAUUCAAAUAAGGCAAAAUCGGAACAUCAAGAAACAGUAGCUCCACAUGAAAUCAAAGAAGAAAAAAAUGUUCAAAAUGAAAGGGAAAAGUCUGAUUAUUUGAAUUUAUCACACGGAAAAUCUCAGAUACAUUCGCCUUCACGAAACUCACUGUACUCCCAGGGAGCUCAGUCUGUUUCUGGAGUCCAUGUUGCGGUUCAAAGACCUUCUUCUGAAGUGCAUGCGCUAGGUCAGAUAGGAGAAAGCAACCUUGAACUUGAGGAAGACGUUCAUUCCAGUUCUCUGCAUAAAAGUGCUAGGUCUCCUCGUAAAACAAAAGAUCACAGACCCGUUAGUGCUAGGAGCUUUAAACGUGGUGCAAAAUCUCUAGCCACGUCUGAUGUAAAUGACACAUUAUCAAAUCUUCCAGAUAUAGAUCACACCUCUGUGACACACCUUGACUCACCAUUUAAGGAUGCAACUUUUUUUUUUAUACAUGGUGUAGGGGGCUCAGCAGAUAUUUGGAAUGCCCAGCUUGAGUUCUUUGCCAGCCUUGGACUUGAAGUUAUAGCUCCAGACUUGAUAGGUCAUGGAUUAAGCUGCAGUCCUGACUUUGAAAGAGCGUACCAUUUCAAUGAGCUCCUAAAUGACCUAGAACUCAUAUUUGACAAGUACUGCAAACGACAGAAUGUUGUCGUUGGACAUUCCUAUGGGUGUGCAUUUGCUGCAGCCCUAGGUCGUCGUAGAGCAAGACGUGUUUCCAAGCUUGUGCUGAUAAGUGGUGGAGCCCCAAUACCCCUUGCCCCACAGCCGGGCGUGUUCUCUCUUCCAUCAUGUAUGUUGGCUUGCCUCAAACCUUGUAUCUUCAGCAAGUUUGAGAGAAAUGCUUUCCACAAUACCAAAAUGAGUGGGCUAUCUCGGGAACAAGCCUUUGACUUGCCAGUGUAUGUUCUCAGUCAUAUGAUGAAAGGUCAGGAUUGGUUGGACGGUGAUGAACUAUAUCAUCAAUGGCUUACGGCACCUACAUUACUGUUACACGGGAAAUUUGAUAAGUUUGUGUCAGUGGAGGAAGAACAGGAGAUGGAACAGGCAAUAUACUACUCCCAUCUGGUUGUUAUUGACAACGCUAGUCACAUGGUAAUGAUGGAAGCCCCGAAAAAAGUGAACCAAGUCAUGUACGAAUUUAUCUUUCAAGAUAAUUACGAGCCGCUGGAAACCGACAGACCAAAAACACGCCUCUCAAGUGCCAAAUCUGCAAGAUCUGUGAAGCAUCGGACAUCAAAACAGUUGGCAUGAUGAAGAACAUAAUUUUAAUGGAAAGUAAGCCAGGCUAUGAUUAACAAGGAAGUCUGGCAACCAGUAAAGUUGAAUUUAACCUUUAGCCUGCUAAAUUUCUAAAAUGGACUGGUCCAUCAAUACCAUAUAUUAUUCAAAGUGGUGUUCGCUGAAUAUUUACUAAAUGAAUAACAAACAGUGUAGACUAUGAUCAGCCUGAUCUUGGUCUGCACUGGUCACAAAGGCAGAACCACUUGCCACCAGCAGGCUAAUGGUUAAUAUAGUCAGUAUAAUUUUAAGAGCUAUUGAUUUAACACUUCAUGCAUAAUAUGUUAUUUCAGGGCAUUUUUAGAAUCUUUCACAAACUGUGUAAGACUCCUUUAUAUAAUUCAACAGUAACAUUAAAUUAUGUUGAUAAUUAACUAUAGACACUUGCUGAAUUAGAUAGCUUAACAAAUGUACAUAUAAUACAUUUGUGAAAAAAGAUGUUUAUAUAAGCCUAUAAGGUCAGAACAAUCACAUUGACUGAAACAACAUUAAUUUGGGGAGGUUAAAUUUCAAAAGAAAUUGUUGCAUAUCAGAUGGCAAUUAGUGAUUCCUUUUUACUUCUUUGAUCUUUAAAUUCCAUUUAUAUCACAGAUCAGGUUAUCAGUUACAAAUUUUGUUAGAUGUUAAAAAAAAUGUUUUUUUAUUUACCAAUAUUAAUUAGAGUAUCAUCCAUGACUGAUGGGUAGUCUUUUGAUAAUUUUAAAUGAGUGAGAUUUUGUACUGCUUAACCUUUACCCUGCUAAAUUUCUGAAAUGGGCUGGUCUAUCAUUCAGUUUGGGCAGUACAGUUUAUUAUUCAAAGGGGUGUUCUCUGAAAAUUCACUGACUGAAUAUUGAGCAGUGCAUACCAUGAUCAGCCUGCACAGAGGUGCAAAUCAUGUACCGCGUCACAUGAAUUUAUUAGAAGGUUGAAAUUGGAGUGAUUUAAGUAAGUUUUUAGCUUCCUUCACAUGUGAAAGUAAAUUAAUUGCUUUUACAGUAAUGUAGAUUUCAGUACACUUUUCAUUAGUAACCUGUGUUUUAAAACACGAUAUAUUCUUUAAUUUUGCAAUUUCUUGAAAAACAAGUACAAAAAUGUACUAAAAACCCACUGUGACUGGGAUGAUUACACGGUUAAUCAGAUCCAAUUCGAUUACUAAGUGAAACUGGUUUCAAUUUUGCAAAACGGCUAAUGGCUCGCAAACAAUAAACAUCACGAAUCGUACUUUAUACAUUUCUUUGACCAGCACAUAGACCCGCAGUAUAUUUCCGCUAAAACACAUCAACUUGAACAUAAUCAAUAGUCUCGGAUUUGCCUGUAGUGAUAUAUCUAAAAUAAAAUACACCAAAAUAUGACUUAUUAAUUAUCACACUGCUUCCAAACGAUAAAGUCCGUAAGUUCCUAAUGAAGUCAGCUGCUGGAAGUACCUUGAUACGGUCGUCAGGAAAGAAAACAGCAUUUAAGAUAUGGUGGCCGAUUAACCAAUUCGAUUUGAUUUCAUACAAAUGAUUAACCGGUUUCAGAUUUUGAAAUCGUCCCGGCCCUAGUGUGGUGGAUGUAAAUGAGAUGCACACUUGAUCUGUUUAUUUUCAAGAAAAUGUCUGUCUUGCCAACCUACUGAUACUCACACAAUUAUAACUUUAUGGAUUUCUUAAUACCAGCUUUUGUGCUUGAAUUUGUUAUACACUAAAUUCUUGAUAUCCAUUUCUUUAACAGGGGGAAGGGAAUGGUCAGGCCUGGAGAGGAGGGUCAGGAUUAGGCCCAGAGGAAGGGGUUCGGGUCAGACCUAUAGGGUCAGGAUCCUGCCUAAAGAGAAGGGUCUAGGUCUGACCCAGAAGGGAAGGUCAGGCACAGGGGGUGGGGUGUGAGGGGUCAGGAUCAGACCCAGAGGGUAGGGUCCAGAUCAGACCCAGAGGGGACGGUCAGGUACAGGACAGGUCAGGCACAGGGGGAUGGUCAGGAUCAGGCCUAGAGGGAAGGGUCCAGGUCAAAUCCAGAGGGAAAGGUCAGGCCCAGAAGGGAGGGUCAGGCACAGAGUGGAGGGUCAGGAUCAGGGCCAGAGGGGAAGAUCAGGGUCAGACCAAGGAAGGAGGGUCAGGGUCAGAGGGUUAGAUCAGGCCCAGAGAGGAAGGUCAGUCUCAGUGGGGAGGAUCAGGCACAGAAUGGAGGGUCAGGCCCAGAUGCCAACAUUGUCUGCCUGAUCUUCAAGAAACAUGGUCAAAAUAUUACUCUUUAUGAAAUCUAAGUCAUUUUAAUACUGUGGUCAAAUGCUAGGUCAGGUGAGUGAUUAUACAUGGCCUUCAUGGUCCUCUUUUCAUUAUUUCUGUUUUGCAUGUUAUUCAGAAAAGAUUUUUUUUAACAUUUUUAGUGCAUAUUGUUGCUUUUGCGACAAAGUUAUUUUCAGUCAUAAUACAAUCAGAUUUGCAUGCUUCAGGUGUCACCCCACCCACAUAUGUUGCAAGCAUCUGUCGAAAACUGACAUGUACAUAAUGGAUAUACUUACAAAAUACCUGUAUAUCUAUUCUAGUACAUACUAAUAAUAUUUACAUAUGUAACAUAGUGCUAAAAUUAAUAUCUCUUGUAUCUUAAGUACCUUAACAUAUGUUCUUUUUUUUUAUACAAACAUGUCAAGUACUUUGCCCUCCUACAUGCAAAUUAUUUUCUCCCUUUUUUAGUGAUAGAUACAUUUAUAAAGGAACACCAUUGAGCAAAAACCAACAUUAGGGCUUUACAAACAGCAAGGAUACAGAUCUGAGCACAUCCAUGCUGUCAGUUUAUUAAUACAGUACAUGUAUACAAAUGAUAAAAGAAGACAGUAUGGAUUUAGAUUAGACUGCAUGGUCGUGCAGCUGAUCUGGAUGCAUAUUGAUCGCAAAGCCCUAAUGCUGGUUUUCACACCAGAAAUUGCUCAUCUUGAUUCUAAUUAUUGUUUAGAAAAUAUAUAUUUCACAGGAAAGGAAUUUUCUAUGGUGUUUUUUGUAGUCAGAUCUUCAUAUAUAAAGGAAAUGGUAACUACGAUCUUAUCACAUGCUUGCAACCAUUAAAUAUUCAAAUUAAUUGUACAAAUAAUUUCAAUUAAUUUGAAGUAUUGAAGGUAGCAAGCUGCAAUAUUUUUCGUAUGUUUUACUGAGAUCUAUUAACAGACUUCAGGAAAUUAUUUUUAUAUAUUUUAUGCAGAAACCUGUUAUCAGUUUGUAGUUACCAUUUUCUUUAUAUCUGAAGACCAGAUUGUAAUGGAUACUAUUUAAAAAAUAAAAUCAAAGAAAAGGUGAAAAUACAGGGAUUUUCAUAAUAUGAAAUUGCAAUAUCGAUAUUUCAUUUGUUGUUGUAUAUGGGUUAAAUAUAUAAAAAAAGAAAGGUUCUAAGUGAAGUAUUCAAACUAUCAUAUAACAUGGUUGUAAUAGUUGACAAUGUUAGUUUAUUGUAGGUUUCAUACUUUCGAAUAAUUAUGUCGUGUAUUUAAGUGUUGAUCAAUGUUGGAUCAAGUCAGUAAUAACUGUGUCGAUUCCUUUUGACUUGUGUUAUUUUAGAUUUAUUUUCCAGUAAAUUAUUAUAGGUUGUUAAAUUAAAAUCCUUUUGGUGGGGAUGGUGAAUUAUUAUGCGAAAAAAAAAAUAUUCCAAAGUAUUGUUUUUGUGAAAUGAAUGCAAGUACACAAAAUGGACAAGAUGUAUUCUGCUUUGUUAUUUAGAAAGUUUAUGUUGUUUUGAUCAUGUUGAUUGGUUUCCUACCAGUUACUUAGUGAAGGAGCAUUUUGUCCUAGUGAGUUAUGAAACCUCAUAGAAAUAUUGCCUGUUGUCAGUAGAUAAUCUGUACUAUUUUAGGGAUUGAUAGGUAAAGUUUAUGGUCAAUGUCACAGUGAUAUUGAGACUGAAAAUGGUUUCUGAUCAAUGACAGGAGAGCACAUCUGACUUACAGUCGUCAGACUAAAUGGUAUGAUUGCCUGUGGUCACUAGAUUACACCUGUCAAAGGUCAAGGUCACAGUGACCUUGAGACUGGAAACAGUUUUUAUCAAAGUUUCUUAUAAAUAAAUGAAGAAUGCUUUGGUCUACAGCCAACAAAGUAGGGUUGUAUAUGGUCAGUAGAGGAGCUCCAUUGUUUUGUGGGGCAGUAGGUCAAAGGUCAAGCUUGACAACUAAAAAUCGAUCAGAAUCUUUAUCUCAAGAACACAUUAACAGCAAGAUUAUUUAUGGCCCACAGAUGACCCACCAUUGCUGGUGUAACAGCUUGCUUCAGACAGAAAAUUACUCAUGAAGUUUCCUUCGGUAGGCCAUCAUGGGGUGGGUGAUAUGCGUUUUACAAUCACCUCUUCUGAGUUUGUACAUUCCAUCCAUUUUAUAUAUUGUGUCUGUGAUAUUUUUACAUAUCUUUGAAUUACCUUGUUUAUCACAAGUACAGGGCAACUCAACAUUUUCACCAAAAUCAUAUGAAAGUGUUCUUUUUGUACUUAUUAUUUUUUUUACUUGUACAUUUAAGUGUUGCUGUGCUAAAAUCAACAUCAUAGGGCUUUGCAACAAGCAGGGAACCACAUCACUGCAUAUCCGUACAGUUUGUUUAUCAGUUUCAGCAUUUUAAUGCAACUGAUAAGCAACCAGAUCAAACUGAUUACUGUGGUUUUCGCACAGUGGCGCUCCUUUGGUAUACAAUGUAUAUAUAUAGAUAUAUACCUUGUUUGUUUUGAAGUUCAUGACAUUUCAUUACAACUUUUUUGUUUUCGAUCUCAAAAGGUCAAAAGCUACUGCCUCAAAACACUAUUUUACUCCUACUAAACUAGUUAGAUAUUUUCAUAGAGAUUUUAACAUUUUUCAUUUGUGUUUAUAUGUGAUUAGUAUUCUAACAACAUUUCAUUCAGAUGUUCUGGUAAAAUGUUGAUAUUUUGAAAGAAUUUAAUUUUGUUGACAUAAAAUGUCAUGGUUUAAUCCUUACCAUGUUAAAUUUCUAUAAUGUCAACUUGUUCAUCUUUCCAUUUGGACUGUACAAUUAACUUUUAAAAGGGGUGCUAACCAAAAAGAUACUGACUGAAUGGUGAACAGUGCAGAUCAUGAUCAGACUGCAUGAAUGUACAGGCUGAUCAUAUCUACAGUGGUCACAAAGGCAGAAUCACUUGUGUCCAGCAUAAGAUUUAGGUCAAAACUGCUGUUUUGUGGGACAUGAAUUCAUAAAUAUAAAAUUUUAAAGAUAAAGGUAAAUUUGAAAUUUAUUUCAUUGUUGGUAUUUGUAAUCAAACAAACAUAAUUAUAAUCUACAAAACAUAGUUUUAUUAUUUGCAAAUCACAAACAUUAGGUAGUUUAGAAUUUUGUAGUCUCAUACACAGUUGAAACUUGGUAGUUUAGAAUUUUGUAGUCUCAUACACAGUUGAAACUCGCUAUCUUUAACUCUUCUCAAAUUUCCGGCUAUCACAAAGGCAUUUUCAAGUUCUGUUGCAAAAAAACUUGUGCACAAACUCGAAGUAAAAUUCUCAAUCCUUUGGAAUUGGAGAUAUCAAGUUUCGGUUGUAUUUAGAACUUAAGACCCCCCUUUCUAGAUAGUAACAAAAGGACACAAUUAAUUUUCUUUUUAUAUAAAGCAGAAUAGUGAUAUGUUGUUCACUUGUUAGGAGUUUCCUUCCUUUUAAGGAAAUUAGCGUGAUUAUUGUUUCAAACAUUUACAAUCGUGUAUUUCCGGGACUUUUUGAAAUUGGGUCAGCUCUGUAGAAUGAAUAACGGCAUAUGAUAACGUAGUUCAGUGCUGAAAUUUGUAAUGUCAUACGUAAAAGAUCUUUCAAAAGAUAUGGUUAUUUUUCAACAGUAUAUUUUUUAGGUAUUUUUAAGAUGUAUUACUAAAUAAAACAUCAAAAAAGCAGAUUUGUUACAUGUAUAUAUUAAUUCAACUGUGGCAUUCCCUGCUCUGUUGGUUGUCUUUGGACAUUGAAUCCUUAUGUGAGGAAGUCAUCCAGCUAGCUUAGGGAAGGCCGAUGGUUCUACCCAGGUUCAUGCUUGUGAUGAUAUAAUGCACAGAGGGGUACAUUGGGUCUUCCUCCACCAUCGUAAGCUUGAAAGUCACAGUUAAGACCUAUAAGUUUAACCUUACAAAAGCAAAACAAAAACAAACAUUAUUGUUAUGUAUUGUAUCACUGAAAUCACUUUUUAAUGGUAGUUAUAUCACACUAGUUGACUAAAGACAUGUUUGUCUAUUGGCACAUAUUUGUAUAAAUAUGUUUUUGUUAUUUUUAUUUUUUUUGUUGAUGUUUGUUUUCCUUUUAUAUUAAAGAGUCAUUAAAAACAAA